AUGGAAGACCACCAACCAAAGCAAGGCAUCCCACGAGUUCUCCAGGUCCUGGAAGCUCUAAAACAAGCCGCCCAUGAGCUCCAAACCCACCCGAGUCCAGAGUCGGCCGAGUCAAACUCGUCCGCCAUUAAUGCUCUGCUCGAGCUCGAGACCGAGUCUGACAACAUCCUCUCCAAAGACCCACAUCUCUCUACGCUCUCCCAACACCUCGCAACCCUCAAGAACCUCGUCGAGACCCUCAAGAAAUCCGAAGGCCACCACAGCAUCAGGUCGUUUUUAACUCGCUGCUGCUCGACUCACUGCCUGUCCCGGCUGGCCAGGUCGAUCGAGUCAGAAAUCCAAGCGUGGAUCGACCGCGAGAGCUUAGAGAGCUUGACGAGAGCUCUGAAAGAGCCACUUCACAAUGAGGACGAGUUGGUUAAGCUCCUGAAUCAGUUCGAGGACCGAGUUUUGCAGGGUUUCAAUCGCGAGUUGCAAGAUUUGAUUUUGAAGUCCAAAGUUUUCACUCUGCUCGAGUCUGUUCUCUGCGAUUCUCACUAUUCCAAACGAGUUAGAGAACACUCGGCUUUCGCCAUAGCAGCUCUGAUUAAGUUCAACAAGGACGUGUUUGUGGGUCAAGUGCUAAUGGGUCGAACGAUCAAAGCUUUACUAACAAUGGCUUCCCCGAAUGCGAUCAGAGUGCUAUGUAGCCUGAUCAGAUUGAUAAAGUCUCCGCUUGUUGACGAGAUUGAGUUCAAUGGGGAAAUACCCAAGAUCAUAAGCUUCUUGAACCGUGAAGACCUGGAAAUGAGAGUGAUGGCCAUGGUCUGUAUUCUUGAAAUUGGGUAUUUUGGGCGCAAGGAGGCCAUUGAUGCUAUGCUUGAGGAGGGGGUGAUAAAGAAGCUUGUGGAAUUGCAAAGAUCAGAGCUUGGAGGGGAUUUGACGGAAAUGGCUUUGGAUGAGGAUGACAAGGAAAACAGAGAGGUUGCUGGUGGUGGUGGUGGUGGUGGUGGGAUUAAGGAGAAGAAGACAAGAAGAGAGAACAGGGAAAAUAGGUUCUUCGAGAACCACCCGUUUUCUAGCUGUGUGGCGAGAUUUGCUGUGCAAUUGGAGGUGGGUGAAGGGCUGAGGCAGAGAGAGAGGAGGGCAUUUAAGCAGCAGAUACUAAUGAGAGUUAGAGAAGCCUCUAUUUCUGAUGCUGAGGCAGCCUCCAUUAUUGCUGAGGUUUUGUGGGGGUCUUCGCCUUAA